AUGCCUCCCGAGCUGAGAAAGCGCAAGGCGCCAGUGUCUGAACCUGUUGCAGCUCCUCCUGCUAAGAAGAAGGGCCCCGUCGCAAAGGCAGUUGCGAAAGUCAAGGAGGCAGUCAGUCCAAAGGCAGCCAAGACUAAUGGUGCUGCAAGCGCUUCCAAGGUCGCGGUUGGUGAUACCAUCACCCUUGAGGGAUUCGGUGGUGAGAUCGAGACCAACGAAGGUGUAAAGACCACACUCAAGGCCCUUGUUGAUGAAAGCGAAGCUGGUGUUGUUCUUUUCACGUAUCCCAAGGCUUCAACUCCCGGAUGUACCACACAAGUCUGCCUAUUUCGUGACCAGUACAAACCCCUCACCGCGACGGGCUUCUCCAUCUACGGUCUCUCCAAAGACUCGCCAAAGGCCAAUACUACCUUCAAGACGAAGCAAAACCUCCCGUACCCUCUUCUUUGCGACACCAGCAGUACGCUCAUCAAGGCUAUUGGCUUGACGAAGGCACCAGCCAGCACAGCUCGCGGUGUAUUUGUGGUGGACAAGUCUGCCAAAGUCAUCGCCGUGGAAACGGGAGGACCAGCAGCCACUGUUGAAGUCGUCAAGAAGCUCGUUGCAAGCGGCGAUGUCACGGCAGCCCCAGCUGCUACGUCCGUAGUAGCUGAGCCAAAAGCGGAGGCCUCUGCUAAUGGCGUCAGCAAUGCUCCGAUGGACCCGGAAUCAACGACUGCUGCAGAAGUCGCUGGGACUGCCGAGAAGCUCGAUAGCAAUGGGGCUGAGCCGACCGCUACUUGA